UGACACAGCUUCAGUGUGGAAGAGGUGAAAGUCCAAAACUGAGUCGUGUCUGAGCUGAGCUGAGCUGAGCUGAGCUGAGCGCUGCGAGACCACACUGUGCUGCUGGACAGAGGACCAGGUUGUUGGACAGCCGAGGACUGUGAUGGCCAAUGAGCGGCUCCGAGCUCUGGAGGAUGUGGAGAAGGAGAUAGCAACGACCCUGCAGUGUGCUGGUACUAUCAUUCUGGAGCUUUCUAAAGACAAACACAAUGCCAGCCUCCUGGACAGACAGCUGGUCCAGUUCCAGAGCUCCGUCAACAGAGUGGAGAAUGAACUGAGCGGCCAGAUCCGCUACCUCACACAGGUGGCUACCGGUCAACCUCAUGAAGGUUCAACUUAUUCAGCCAGAAAGGACUGUCAGAUGGCCCUGAACAGAGCAGAGUACGCUAAGGUCAAACUGGGAGAACUGGGACGGACCUGUGAAGUCAUGCUGGAGCAACAACAGCAGCAGCAGCAACAGCAGCAGCAACAGCAGCAACAGCAGCAGCAACAGCAGCAGCAGCAACAGCAGCAGCAGACAUAAGAGCAGAGAGGACAGCUGGCUGACUGGAGGAUAACAGCAGCAUCUAUCUCAUGUUGAUGUGUCUACCACCAGUGUUUCUGAUCUUUUCACUGCUCCUUUUUUUAUUCAUGAUUACAAAUGCUCAAGAAUAUGACAGAUAUACAAGAACUAUGUCUAAGCAUGAAUAUUGUGUUUCUGGGUCCAUUUUGUUGUUUUGUGGUCCAUUUUUUCUUUUUAUAUGUCAACAUAUAAUCUGUAGAGCCUGUUGUACUUCUAAUGAAGCCACAGAGUGAUGACAGUUAUAAUUUGAGGACAGACUCAGGAGGAAUAUCUGGAUUUAGUCUGCACUGUGAAAUGUGCUCUUUGCAUUUCUUUCUCCCGUUUUUUUAAAAUUCUGUGUUUGAUAAUGUUAUGAUUUUGGCAAACAGGUGUUUAUUAUGCUCAUACGGUGCUCAUGGUUUGUAUUGACUUAAAUGGAAGAUUCUCUUCUUGGUCAAGUACAGUGAACUUUGCUUCGUGUAUUAGGCACAGACAGUGAGUGAAGCCAAGCUUGUUGUUUGUCUCUUGGCUUAAAAAUAUCAAAGCUUCAUUAAAUAUGUCCUCACAGUCUAUUGAAUCUUGUUUUGCUUGCUAAAUAAUACAAAAGCUUUUGUCAUGUUUGACAUCAGUUAAAGAUGUCACAUCUUCCAUCUGACAGGUGGAGAAGUUUACGUUCACAAACUUGAGGAAGCUGUGUGACAA